AUGGCACCCUAUUCCGUGUAUCAAUUGUCAAACGCGAGCCGUAGACUUUCCUUGAGCCUUUUGCGCCAGCAUCAAAACAAACUCGCGGUUUCCAAACGACAGCCUAGCCCAAUUCGCCUCCUCUCUCUCCAACAACCAAGAUAUCUUCACACCGGUGACGAUGCCAAGUCAGACGAAUCAACACAGAUCAGCAGCGAUAUUGCUGCUAAUGAGGAGGGUAUAAAAGCCCACAGCUCUGUCGAGACCAGCAACGAAGCCAAGUCAAUUGCAGACGACUCGAUUAAAAGCAGUAACGAUGUUACUGGAUCACCGACCCCGGGUCUUGGACCUAUUUUAUCCUCAGAUCCAAGAGGUGAGACCAAGAUUAAACCAAGGCCAUGGAGCGAGGAGGAGUUGGCUCAGCUCGAAGAGUUCGUCAAACGGCCAUAUUUCAGUAUAGACUACAUGGCAAGGCGGAUGGACCGAUAUUUUUCAAGUGUCCUGGACCAGCUGAAGCAGAUGGAAAAGCAGAAGGGAAUCAAGCUACUGCGCCGAAGUCGGCCUAAAUCCCCAUGGCAUCAUAACAUGGAUGCUACCCCAGAGCAAGUCGCAAUUUUCGAGGCGAAGCAAGACGAUGUGCAAAAGCGUAUGGAACACAUUGUCGAAACACUCAUGACCUUGCCAAAGACGACCCAGUGGGAGGAAAUCCUCAAGUUGAAAUCUGCCUCGGAAUGGGCAUCAGCCAUCAUGAAACUAAUACCACUGCGAGUAUGGCACAUCUUGGCCGCAGACGAGCCGCCGUCCCAGGAGGAUUACAAGACCAUACCAAUGGUUGAUCCGUUUAGCACGACUGGAGUGUUCGCCCAAGUCACCCGACGCAAGUUAUACAUAGGCUAUAUUGACAUGCCUUUUGGCGUGCUGGCGUGCCGAGACCAGCAGGCAAGCCCGCACAGGCACAGGGGAUUGAAAGUCCCGUUGGUUCCAGUGUCUUUAGAAAUGUCUAAGCAGCUUACCUACGAGGAAAUGGUUGAGCAGAGGUAUGUGCUUGGACUCGCCAAGGCGGCGCUCGCGGCAUGGCUCGGGGCAUUCAACUACGAAGUAAAUCCUACUCUCCGUGAAUUGUAUGCCUGGUGGGAGAAGGAUGUAGAUUCGAGUAGACAUCCUUUUGGCUCGAUAUCUUGUAACCCACUUGAGCAGAAACUCACUCUUCCGCCGACGCCAGAGGAACGUGCUGCCAAGAAGGCCAAACUUGAGGAGAAGUUGAAACGUGAGGCAGAGAAGGCAGCGGAGACAGAGAAGGAAGUGAAGAAGAGGUUAUGGAGGGAGAGUGCUAAGAAGUGGGCUUCUGAGGCUAAGGGAGAAUUCUGA